CAUGCUCCACUGAUAGCGGAGUCUUUUUCUGUGACUGCUGAGCUGAGACACAGGACACCAGAAGCUCCCGCUCACUUCAUCUAACACAGCAAGUCUGCUCUUGUGGAGGGAGUGUACUCAUGUUCUUGCUCCCUCCUGUGGCAAAUGAGGACAUGGUGAUGUCCAUCUGCCAGACUGUGGUCACUUUUGUGCCACUUCUGUGGUUUGUGAGACUGACUGAGGGGAUGCCUGACCCUGCUCAGAGGGACCUGCUGAUGCGUCAGGAGGCGUUCAGGCAGACGGGAGGCCGAAUGGCACUGACGGCCACCGAGCAGAAGCUGGACCUCCAUCUCCAUCAAUUAAAGGAGCAGGAGAUGUCUGCUGCACUGUUCCCCCCUGCAGUCCACUUCUUCAAAGCAAAGCCUUUCAUCCAGAAGAGUCCAAUUUUCAAACUCCUGCAGGAGAUGCCCAAAGGUGCAGCGCUGCACAUCCACACCUCCUCUCUGGUUGGAGUUGAAUGGCUGGUGAAAAACGUCACCUACAGGCCGCACUGCUACAUCUGCUUCACCUGGGACAACUCCGUCCGCUUCUUGUUCUCCGACCGCCAGCCAUUCCCACGUUGGGACUGCUUUUACUGGCAGCCGCUCGAGACCUUGAGGGCCAGGAUAGGAAACACAGAAGGCUUUGAUAACAGUUUAAUGCAGCACCUCACACUGUUCACUGAGGAUCCGGAGGGGGAGUAUCCGAGCCAAGAGGUUGUGUGGGAGAAGUUUGAGAAAGCCUUCAUCGCAGCUGCGGGGCUCAUCAGCCACGCGCCCGUGCUGAGGGAUUACUUCUAUAAAGGCCUUGAGGAGCUUCUGCAAGACAACAUCAUGUAUCUGGAGCUGAGGAGCGGCCUCUCGAGGACGUAUGAGCUCGAUGGAAGCAUUCAUGAUAAGGUGUGGGCUCUGAAAACAUUUCAAGAAGUUACAAGGAAAUUUAUCGAGGAUCAACCGGACUUUCUCGGGGCUCGUAUCAUCAUUUCUGUUCACAGGGCUCUGAGUGUAUCCGAGGUGAAAGCAGCGGUGAAAGAAGCCAUUCAGCUGCAAAAGGACUUCCCAGAUGUUGUUGCAGGAUUUGACAUGGUUGGCCGGGAGGACAGUGGGAGGACUCUGUGGUACUUCAGGGACGCUCUUUCUCUGCCAGCUGAAAUGGGUGUCACGCUGCCAUACUUCUUUCAUGCAGGGGAAACAGAUGAGGAAGGCACUGACGUAGAUCAAAACCUUCUGGACGCCCUUCUGUUCAACACCACACGCAUCGGGCACGGCUUUGCUUUGGCACACCAUCCACUGGCCAAAGAGCUUUCUAGGAAAAGAAACGUAGCUGUGGAGCUGUGCCCCAUCUCAAACCAGGUGCUGAAACUGGUAUCGGACCUGAGGAACCACCCUGCAGCUGUGCUGAUGUCUGAGGGCCACCCUAUAGUGAUCAGCUCUGAUGACCCGUCUCUGUUCGGCACCACAGGCCUCUCCUACGACUUCUAUGAAGCCUUUGUUGGCAUCGGAGGGUUAAAAGCAAACCUGGGUACUCUGAAAGAGCUGGCUCUAAACUCCAUCAGGUACAGCUCCUUGCCAGCCCAUAUAAAAGACACGGGUCUCGUCAUGUGGCAGAACAAAUGGGACGCCUUCAUCUUUAAUCACACAUAAAAACCACACAAUGGAUCCUGAUCAACUUGAAUUAUGGUUGUCAAAGCGAUUAGCUAUAGCAAACAUCUUACGCUUUUAUUUGAAAAAUUGACACUACUGUUUGUGUUAUUGUUAAAUUGUUAAACAUACCCUCAGUUCUGGUCUGAUGUAUUAAGGUAUACAUUUUUAAAAACUACUUGGGGAAUUUGACAGUUAACUAGCCUACUGAAGUCAUGCAGACGGUCUGUUUACUGACAAUAUUUUCCUCUCAUUAGGGUUUUCCACACAAAACAAGUAAAAGCAAAUGUUCACAUAAAAUGGCCAUUCAAUGGUAGUUCAUUUUGUGUUAAUAUGUUAUUUUUAAAAACAAUUAUUAAAUACAUUUUGUCAAAACUUUACUUGCAGAGUUGGCUCUUGUCGUCCAAAGCAAAAAUGCAAACUUGCCCCAAAAACAAACAUGUCUUUCAUUGAGCUGCCAUUUGUCAUUGAAUCAUGGCUCCAUUAUCAUCUUGUCUUUUGAACCCUGCCCACCAAGCCAGCCUUUGAUGAGAUGUUGUAUCUUCCAUUUCUGACCAGUGCACUGCUGAAUAACCAGUCUAUAAUAGCCGUCUCCAGCUACCAUAAUUUCCAGACACCUCCUUGUUUCUCUGUUCUGGAUAGCUCCGUUCUGGAAAAAAGAAAAACAUGAUUAUUUUUCUCCAAAAAGACUGACUGCUUUUGUGCAUAUUUAUAUUACAAUGGUAUUAAAAAAAUACCUGUUUAAAAACCCACAGCAUGUGGAGUUUCUUCUGCUCGACCAUUUUGCACUCGUACAGUUCUGGGUAGACUCCGGAGCCAGGGUCCACCAGACAGCGGUUGCUGUUGUACUUGUGAGAUUUUAUUCCACCAAUGUAGAGUUGUCCAUUGGAGCGAUAAUAACAGUGCUACAAUAAAAAGGCAAUUAUAAACCAAAAUAAACUCGAAAAUUCCGAUCAAAUAAAUGUUGGUUUUUUUAUAUAAGGGGGACCCUUAUCCAAAAUAUAAUUUGUAUAAAUUAGGUUGACACUCAUCAAAAAACAUACUUUUCAAAUAUGGGGGUCCCUUAUCAAAACACAUAGUGUUUUCAAAAAGUUGUUCAAAAGUACAAUGGAAAAUGGCCCCCACCUGAAAUGUGUGUUUUCUUAUAUUGUACUUCUUAAAUAUACAUGUAAAAAUAUAUUACACAAUAGUGUUCAUGUGUUAAUAAGGCCACUUUUCAAAUGGUUUCAGUCAAAGUUGUAAACAUUAUUUCUAACAAAUCUUACUUGAUAAAAAAGUCCAAUAACUUAUUUGCAUAAUAAGCUUGAAAUAUACCCUUCAUCUUUCCCCUUAUUAUAAGCAAUCUAAAGCCUCUGUUUUUAGGAAUGAACUGCCAACAAAAUAAAUGAAACCAUAUGGAGAGCUGGGA